ACUAGAAAAUUGGCUUUUUGCGACUAAUGUUUUUGCGACUGAUUAUUUGACCGUCGCAAAAACUAAUAUUUGCAAUAGCACCCUCCUUUUAUUAUACCUAUGCCCUAACAGAGACUGAUUUCCCCUGGACUCUCAUUUCCCCCAAAUCUGAUUUCGCUCGAUCGUGUGUGAGUAAGAGAAUCUGAUUUCCCUCUCUCGAUUUCCCUCUAUAGAUCACCAUGGUCGUCUGAAGAAGUGACCUCCAACGUCGCAACCGCAGAUCACCUUUAGACGAAGCUUUGGUUUGAAUCAAUCCUUCCUCAUCUGCUACAGCUCGGUUGAUUUCAUGGUCAAAGAAACUGAAAAGCUUCGUGCUCGGGUAUGUUAUGCCUUAAUUUAUGAAAGGAGGAAAAUAGAAUGAUUUUAUUGCUAGUUUCUGAUUUAUUUUUUAGUGCAUAUCAUGUUGGAAGAUACAAGAGUCCCAAUGAGCAUCCUUUCUUCCUAGAUGACUUACCAGAUCCAAUGCUGCCACCUCUGCAGUACCCUCAGGUUCUUCAUCCCAUCGCUGGUGCAAUCAAUAUCAACAAUAAAAUAUGGGAUAUGUAUUUUAGGGAUCUUCUUACAAGACUAGUCAGGGAAGGAGAUGAUGGUAACUACGGUUCAGCUACAGUCUGUGACACAAUUUGCUUGCAGGACAGGACUCGACUAAUGGAUUUGCUGACGUAUCCCACUGUGGAAGAGGCGAUAAAGAGUAGUGUAGAGAUGAAAGCCAAAGCUUACGGAAAAGAGGUGAUUGAUAAUAAUAAUGUAGAGGAAGACGGAGCUGAUCCGGUAUGCAAAAUAAAACCAAGCUUGGUUGCUGACCUAUAUAGGGACUAGAUCAUGCCCUUGACAAAGGAAGUUCAAGUUGAAUAUUUAUUGAGAAGGCUUGAUUGAAUUAAGAUCAGUUUCUAAAAAUAAAAUCAUAUAUGUAUAUUAUACUACAAUAUGAAGAAAUAGCGCAAGUUAGCAUAAUAUCAACACCUCAUUCAUCAUUAUAUUUUAAUAUCUUCAGUUGCAUUUGGAUUUUUUUGAACUACAAUUUUUCAAAGCUUAAACACAUUCCAAAAGGUAAGGAAUACCCGGUUCUUUGUAAGAGGUUAGCAACUGAAAGCAAAGGUUGGGUGGAGACUGUUGUCAAUUGCGGGAGAGGAGGAUUUGAGAGGGAGGAAAUUUUACUUGAUUGGAAUGAAAUUGCAGAAGAAUAUGGUAGUGUUGAGGGAGUAGUUGAUAUGAUUGGGUGGGUGAUAUUGAGAGCUAAAUUGAGAAAUUUUUUUUUUUUUUAGUACUUGAAUCUAUUAGUAUUUUGUAUAAAUACUUUUAAGGAUGGUUUGAUGGAUAUUUGUUUUGCAUGUAUAGAAGUUUAUAUUUUGUAUGCACAUUUUAUUUUUUAUUUUUUGAAGAAAUAUAAUUUUGAUGAGGGAAGUGAUGGAAAAUAA